AACUUUCACUGUUUGACAGCACCCGUAGAAGUUUGGUUCGUCGUUCGACGUUCAGAACGUUGAACAUAGACGUUCACUCCGAGUCGGAACAUUCGCAGGCUCCAACCGAAGCAUCGGAAGCCGCCGGCAGAAUUUGCCAAGCCGGCCCUCGACAGCCAAGCAUGAAAUUGCACCGUCUCUUCAUCGACAACAAGGCUUGCAUGAACGGAAUAGUCGCCAAGAUUAACGGGGUCCGACUUCUUUGUUUGCUCAUGACAGUUGAAGCCGUUCGAAUCUAUCCGCUGAAUCAAAGAGUCAGUAUCUGACAGGAUUGCCAUUGACAAAUCAGAAACCUCUAAAGUUCCGCUUGAUAAAAAAUCUGACCACGUGAAUGACAUAUCCAACAAUCUUCCAUGCAGCCACCGAGCACGUCAAGCCCAAUCGACAAUCCUCCCAGCUCACUGCAUGGGGAACCACAGAUUCGGCCUUGGGGAUGGAGAUGGAGAUCGUCGUACUGGUUUGUGACAUUCGUGGUAUGGCUAGGCGUAGCCACGGAUCUGCUGGUAUACUCAAUGGUCAUCCCGGUCGUGCCUUUCCAACUCGAAGACCUUGGCUACAAAGAUGUAGCUUCUCUAACCGGUUGGCUACUUUUUGCAUAUUCCGGAGGUCUUGCAAUAGCUACUAUUCCCGUCGCGGUGUGGUCCGAAAAAUACGAUGCGCGAAAGGUUCCUCUUGUCGCGGGAGUGUUCAUACUCAUCGGCUCGCAAAUCAUGUUCAUGGAAGCUCCAGCAUACUGGCUCAUGUGUCUUGCUCGAGCCCUCCAGGGCAUAGGAUCCACCAUGGUAUGGGUUGUCGGGUUGGCUCUAUUAUGCGAUGAAGCGCCUCCAGAACUUGUCGGAAGACAACUUGGUAUCGCAAUGUCCGGUCUCUCUCUCGGGUACGUAGCGCGAGACUUACACUUUGCCCUUGUCGGUCCACCCGUAGGUGGCGGGCUAUACACUUGGUUUGGUUUCCGUGGACCUUUCAUCUUUGGCAUCAUCGUCGCCUUUUUGGAUCUGGCCUUCCGAUUCCUCCUUAUCGAAGGCAAGAGUGCUAGCAAACCCCGAUCCAGCGCGACUGAAAAGCCUGAUAAUGAGAUCGCAUUGGAGGCAAACGAUAAUAAUCUAACAGACAUUGGAGACGUUGCCGGCGCGCAAAAUAAGGUUUCAUUCGUACAGGUUCUCCGCCUGCUGUUCCGGUCGCACCGUGCGCUUGCAGCAGCUUUCCUUACAUUUGUGUAUGGCAUCGUCUAUAGUAGCCAGGAGCCGGUCAUUUCCACUCAUUUGAACAGUGUCUGGGGCUUGAACUCCUCAAAAGUUGGUCUAGUCCUUCUGGCCUCUGUCAUUCCUACUCUUUUUGCGUCCCCACUAUCGGGUUGGUUCUCAGACCACCAAGGCGCAUCUGUGGUCAUCAUUGUCGCUUUGAUCCUCGCUGUGCCAUGGUAUGUUGUAAUGAUAAUAGAUGGGCACCUGGCAUUGUUUAUUACGGCCUUUGCGUGCGCUUACUUCUUUGCAGCUGGAGUCCUGUCUCCGCUGACUGUUGAGCUUGCUUCUGUCGCCCGCAGUAUAGAUGGCAUUGGAUAUGCGCAUGUCUACGGGGCUUUCAAUCUGGCGUAUGGGAUCGGCACAACAGUCGGACCUGUUGUGGGCGGUCAGAUGUACGACCAUAUUCAUAAAGGAUGGCUGGCAAUCUGUCUGCUGGCAACCGGAUUACUUGGGCUUUCCGUGGUCGUGGCUUUCUUCUACGUGGGGGACAAGCCUAUUGCUCAAAGCUUUAUCCGACACAUUAGAUUACUGUAGAGUAUAAUCCUGAAUCCGAAAAUAUAAUAUGGCGGAGACCAGUCUCCCAUCCCCACUCUUAAAACACUGGAGACUCGAA